GUGAUGUAUGAGGCUAUACAAUACUCAGUCUUUUUGCAGUAUUUGUGUUUGCAUGAAGUUCCCAGAUAACACCUCUGAUCACAACUUUGCAUUGUUAAACUUCUGUUCCCUAUCUUUCUAAACCUUCUGUAACUUCUUUCUCAUGCCCCUUCUUCUGUCUCAAAGAAAAUGUCUAGUCUGAGUGGUUCUAAAAUCCAAUAUCAUUUUCACUUGCUACUAAUGAUUUGUUGCUCAGUUGUCCUAGUUGGAUCUCUAAAUGAAGAGGGAAGUAUUCUCUUAGACUUCAAAAGAUCCCUUAGAGACCCCAGUAACAAUCUCAAAAGCUGGAAUUCUUCUGAUUUUACUCCUUGCAAUUGGACCGGCAUAGGCUGUACCAAUGAUUAUAAGGUAACUUCCAUACAUCUCAGUCGCCUCAAUUUGUCUGGAAGUUUAUCUUCAGCCAUUUGUAACCUCCCUUACUUAGCUGAGUUCAAUAUCUCAACAAACUUCAUUUUUGGUCCCAUUCCUAUUGAUUUUGCUCACUGUCCUAAUUUAGAGGUUUUAGACCUUUGCACAAAUAGAUUGCAUGGAGAGAUACCUACCCAACUCGGCAGAAUAACAUCUCUUAGGGAGCUUUAUCUGUGUGAGAAUUAUAUUUAUGGUGAAAUCCCCGAGGAGAUUAACAAUUUGAGUUCUCUAGAAGAGCUUGUUAUUUACAGUAACAAUCUCACUGGGAUAAUUCCUUCAUCAAUUGGUAAAAUGAAGAGGCUUAGGGUUAUCAGGGCAGGUAGAAAUUCUUUGUCAGGUCCAGUUCCUGCGGAGAUCAGUGAAUGUGAGAGCUUACAGGUACUUGGGCUGGCACAAAAUAAUCUAGAGGGUACUUUUCCUACAGAGCUUCAGAAACUUAAGAAUCUCACUAAUUUGAUUCUUUGGCAAAACCGUUUGUCUGGUGAGAUACCUCCUGAAAUUGGGAAUUUUAGUACCUUGGAGGUGCUUGCAUUGCAUGACAAUUCCUUCAGUGGAAGCCUUCCCAAAGAGCUUGGGAAUUUAACCCAGCUGAAAAGAUUGUACAUUUACACAAACCUGUUGAAUGGCACAAUUCCACGAGAACUGGGGAAUUGUAUGAAUGCAGUUGAGAUUGAUCUUUCCGAAAAUCGGUUAAGUGGGUUCAUUCCAACAGAGUUGGGUGAAAUCCCUAAUCUCCACUUGCUUCAUCUCUUUGAAAACCUCCUGCAGGGAAGUAUUCCCAAGGAGCUUGGACAAUUGAAGCAGCUGCAUAAAUUGGAUUUGUCCAUAAAUAAUUUGACAGGCACAAUCCCUUUAGAGUUUCAGAAUCUCACAUUCUUGGAGGAUUUCCAACUUUUUGACAAUCAUCUCCAGGGUACUAUUCCAUCAUUGAUUGGCAUAAACAGCAACCUCUCUAUUCUUGACAUGUCUAUGAAUGAUCUUGUAGGCAGCAUCCCUUCACAACUUUGCAAGUUCCAGAAGUUGAUUUUUCUUAGCCUUGGAUCUAAUAAGUUAUCUGGAAACAUUCCCCAUGGCCUGAGAAAAUGCAUGUCCCUUGAGCAGCUAAUGUUGGGAGAUAACCUACUUACAGGAAGCCUCCCUGUUGAAUUAUCCAAACUUCAGAACCUUUCUGCCCUUGAACUAUAUCAAAACCGAUUCUCGGGUCUGAUUCCUCCUCAAGUAGGCCAGCUUAGAAAGGUAGAGAGGCUGCUCUUGGCAGACAAUUACUUUGCUGGUCAUAUCCCUCCAGAGAUAGGGAGACUGGAAAAGCUUGUUACAUUCAAUAUCUCUUCCAACCGAUUCUCUGGGAUGAUUCCAUUUGAGUUGGGAAACUGUAUAAAGCUCCAAAGGCUUGAUCUUAGCCGGAACCAGUUCACCGGCUAUCUUACAGACAAGCUUGGCAAGUUGGUGAAUCUGGAAUUGCUCAAGCUCUCUGAUAAUAGAUUUACAGGACCAAUACCUAGUUCUUUAGGGGGCCUGAUUCGACUAACUGAAUUGCAAAUGGGGGGUAACUUAUUUUCUAAUAGUAUACCUGUUGAGCUGGGUCAACUUGCUGCGCUCCAGAUUGCCCUCAACCUCAGUUAUAACACUCUUUCUGGCACAAUUCCAGACAAUCUGGGGAACUUGAAUAUGCUGGAAUCACUCUAUUUGAAUGACAAUCAGCUUGUCGGUGAAAUUCCCAAUUCAAUUGCCCAGCUGAUGAGCCUUGCAGUAUGCAACCUUUCUAACAAUCGUCUGGUGGGAACAGUGCCAAACACACCUAUUUUCCGGAGGUUGGAUUCCAGCAAUUUUGCUGGGAACAGUGGGUUAUGCACAUUUGGUUCAUACCGUUGUCAUCCAUCUUCUAGCCCAUCGGCUACUCCAAAAAGAAGCUGGUUAAAGGAGGGUUCUUCCAAGGAGAAAAUAGUGAGCAUUGUCUCUGUUAUUGUCGGGAUGUUGUCAUUGACUUUCAUUGUGGGUGUUUGUUGGGCAUUGAUACGCCGAAGACCUGCUUUUGCUUCACUGGAAGAUCAAGUGAAGCAUGACACGUUAGAAGACUAUUACUUUCCCAAGGAAGGGUUCGCAUAUCAGGACCUUGUGGAAGCCACUGAGAAUUUCUCAGAAGGUGCAAUCAUAGGAAGGGGAGCCUGUGGCACUGUCUACAAGGCUGUGAUGGCUGAUGGUAAGCUGAUUGCCGUUAAAAAGUUGAAGUCCCGAGGAGAAGGAGGCAGUUCCGACAGCAGCUUCCGUGCUGAAAUAUCUACUCUUGGGAAUAUCAGGCACGGGAAUAUUGUGAAGUUGUAUGGCUUCUGCUACCACCAGGACUCAAAUCUUCUCUUAUAUGAAUACAUGGAAAAUGGAAGCCUAGGAGAAAUUCUUCACGGGAACCAGAAAACAUGUGUACUAGACUGGGAUGCUCGAUACAAAAUUGCACUUGGAGCAGCUGAGGGUUUAUGUUAUCUCCACCAUGAUUGUAAGCCCCAGAUCAUUCAUCGUGAUAUAAAAUCAAACAACAUAUUGCUGGAUGAAAUGUUUCAGGCCCAUGUCGGAGAUUUUGGCUUGGCAAAGUUAAUUGAGUUUCCCUGCUCAAAAUCCAUGUCUGCUGUUGCUGGUUCAUAUGGCUACAUUGCACCCGAAUAUGCUUAUACGAUGAAAGUGACAGAGAAGUGCGACAUCUACAGUUUUGGGGUUGUUCUACUGGAACUAAUUACCGGAAAAUCUCCAGUUCAACCCCUCGAUCAGGGAGGAGACCUGGUAACUUGGGUGAGAAGAUCCAUUCACAACACUCUGCCAACAUCAGAAGUAUAUGACAGGCGGCUAGACCUGAUUGAGAAAAGAACAAUGGAUGAAAUGUCUCUGUUUCUUAAGAUUGCUUUGUUUUGCACAAGUACAUACCCUCAUAAUAGGCCAACAAUGAAAGAGGUCAUUGCAAUGAUGAUUGAUGCUAGGGAAGCUGUGAACAAUUUACCAUCUUCUCCAACAUCAGAAACUCCCUUAGAUGAGGAUAAUUCUUCCGAAGGUUGCAUCGACCCAUAGGCUCCACUCAAUCUGAAGAGAGGAUGUUUGCAAAAGUUCAUUGUUUCUGUAAUAGUCUUUCGUGCCUCACAUGGAUUGCGCGAGGGAAUAAAGAUUUUCCAUUCUCAUCAUUAACUUAUUUAUUG